AUGAAGUCGUUGGCUCCUACUAUGAAGGGCCUACUGGCCAUGGCUGCCCUGGCCACCGCAAGUCCGGUCUUAUCCAACAGCUCCAAUAGCAGGAAUAACAACCAAUGGACCAACAUUAGGAAGAAUAUCAAACAUGUUGUUUACCUUAUGAUGGAGAACCAUUCAUUUGACAAUAUCGCCGGGUAUUGGAACUUCCGCGAGGACAUCGACAACUUGGCCAACCGAGAAGAGCCCUUCUGCAACCCGUAUACAAACCCAAAUUGGACUGUCUGGGGGGAGCCACUUCUUGUCUGCGCUGCUCCUCGCGCGGGAGAAGUUCCCCUUAACGACCCGGAUCACGACCUCGCAGGAACCAACUAUGAAAUCUUCCAGACGUAUUAUCCGACUGACGAGUCAGUCCCAACAAUGAUGGGCUUCGUGGACCGCGAGUCUACUCUCUACUCCUCUUCACCAGGAGAUUCUGCCUUUGUCAUCAAAUCAUACAGCCAACAAGAGACGGCAACACUAGUUGAGAUUGCUCAGAACUUUGCAUUCUGGGAUACCUACUUCGCUGAACACCCCGGUCCUACAAAUCCAAACCGCCAAUUCGCGACCUCCGGGUCUACUUGUGGAUUUGUCGAUGACACUACCCAGGCUGCAGGAUUUUGGAACAAUGUGACCGGCACUACUUGUGCCAUGUCCAUCUUUGAGUCAUUAACAAACGCCAACAUAUCCUGGAAAAACUGGGUUCAGCAAAACGCCGUCGGUAACCUCGCCACUGCUGACAAGUUCUACACUGAUCUGCAAGAGGGAACCUUGCCACAAUUCUCAUACAUCAACCCCGAGUGCUGCACAAUCGAUUCGAUGCAUCCAACUUCCAACUUAGCCGCCGGAGCCUCCAUGAUUAAGCAUCUCUACGAUGCUGUCCGCAACUCUCAGUACUGGGACAAUGUCUUGAUUAUCAUAAAUUUCGAUGAGCAUGGCGGCUUUGCUGAUCACGUUCCCCCACCGAUGAACAUUCCACCCCCAGAGGACGGCAUUAUCUUCAAUGGCUCUUCCGAGGGGUUCAACUUGACGUACACCUUCAAUCGUCUCGGUAUCCGUGUACCGGCCUUCCUGAUCUCUCCUUGGAUUCCAGCAAACACCUUGAUUCACGAUGAGGGCACUAUGUAUGCCGAUAAUUCCGCCUACACCCACACGUCUUUUCUCCAUUUCUUGCAGGAGCUCUGGGGACUUGAAGGUCUAAACAACCGUGUCCAGUGGGCUAAGACAUUUGAAUAUGUUUUCUCCAAUGAACCUCGCACAGACGCUCCUACCAACCUUUCUACUCCCAUCUGGUAUGGCGGCAGCACUGGUCCGCAACCAGAUGCAUUCUAUCUACUAAAUCAGCCGUACUCCUACUAUGCCCGUCUUGACGACUAG